GAACUUGAAGAAAACAGGGAUGCUGAUUUGGACUAUAUCCUCUCUAUUCUUCCCUCCGAACUUCAUAGACAAAUUCCAUAUUCUAAGCACAGACACGAGAUGAAAGGUCGAGAGACAGAAUUGUGGUUAUCUAAAAAUGGCAUCCCCAAAAAGUUGAUUAAUGAUAUAAAGCCGCAGAUCAUGGACAAGGUACAACAAGAACUUGAAGGAAACAGGGACGCUGAUAUGGACAAGAUCUUCUCUAGUCUUCCCUUGGAUCUUCAGAGCCGAAUUACAAAGUAUAUGCCUAUGGCUAGGUUGAAGCAGGUGCCCGCUUUGAAAAAAAUGGAUGAACGUGUGUUGAGAAGAAUUUCUCAGCGUCUUAAGCCCAGGGAGUUUGAUGACGAUUCUAUCAUUAUUGAAAAGGGUGAACCACUUAAAAUGAUGGUAUUCAUUGUGGACGGACUUGUAUCCAUUGAAAAGAGAGAUGGUUCUUCUUCUUCUAAUGAUAAUUUGCAGCAACCAACUCGAGGUGCAGGAGAAGUAUGUGGAGAAGAACUUCUACGUUGGCCAUUGUCGUCGAUCCUAUUUUGGGCCGGCGAAUCUCCCUUGGCAACCGAGUCUGCUAAGGCAAUAGGUCAUGUUGAAGCCCUUGUUGUCACGGCUUUCGACUUGAAUAGAGUGCUGAUCGAUAGGGACUAUUUCGUUGGGAUGAUGCGUAGAACAUUUAGUGCAAAAGAACUUGAGAAGGCAACAGACAACUACCAUGAAAGUAGAAUCAUUCGUAAGGACGAGGAUGCAACCUUUUACAAAGGGGUAGUGCCCAUGCCAGAUGAUGAUAAAACAGUGGUUGCGGUAAAGAAGUACGAAACUAAUAAAACAUAUGCAGUUAUUGAGGCGGCUGUUGCUUCUCAGACCAACCACAUAAAUGUGGUGAGGUUCUUAGGUGGUUGUGUGGUGGAAGAAGAAAAAGAAUCCGCACUGGUUUUUGAGUACAUUCCCAAUGGCACCCUUUUUGAGCACAUUCAUAAAGAAGAAGCAGCAGGCAGCUUUGAAGGAUCAUCAUCGUCACCAACUGCUCUACUUUCAUUGGAGUCACGACUCAAGAUAGCGUCAGAAACAGCUGGAGCACUAGCUUACUUACACUCACUCACUCCGCCAAUAAUACACCUGUUUUUGUCGACAAAACAUGUACUAUUGGAUGAUCAUUACACCGCAAAGCUGUCUGCCAUUGGACAGUGGCAAGCAGCCUUUCACACAUCAGAUUUAUUAAAGGAAGGAUACACGGACCCUCAUUUUCGAAGAGACGGACUAGCAGAAAAGAGUGACGUCUAUAGCUUUGGAGUUGUCCUAGCGGAGCUACUAACAAGUCAAAAGCCAGCUUCUCCUAACAACAGAGGGGAAGAGCCACCCCUGGCAACCUGUCUUCUAUCCUCAAUGAAAGAGGAUCGCUUGAAUCAAAUUUUGGAUGGUGAAAUAAUAGUCAAUGAAGCAACUUCUAAGACGGCCAAAAAGGUCGCGGAUUUGGCAAAAAGAUGUUUAAGGUCAAAAAGGGAGGAAAGGCCUUCCAUGGAGCAAGUAGCCGUGGAGCUUGAGGGAUUGCGCAAGUUUAUGGCAGAGCAUGAAAGGGGACAACCCAGUUUCUCAAUCAGGCCAAACUCUAAUUAGUGUUGUUUGCAGAUGCUUUAUUAAUCUAAUUAGUGAAUAAUUCUCUGUUAAUCUUGUCCUCUUGACUCUAAGCAUUAUAUUAAUCAACUCACCACUAGUGUCUUUUACGCGUUGGUGAAGAAGUUGACAACGCUGGAUCCGAAUCAUAAAUUACCUAUUGCCCGGGCCCCCACAGAAUUCCAAAUUGCUGUCUGCGGCUGCGGCUGUGACCGUUUUCUUCAGCAGGGCUUCUAUGCCUCCUAUCCCCAUUCUUGUCCCCUUCAACAUCGUCAAUAGGAAUCCUACUGUAAUCAGAUCUGCGAUCCUGUGGGGAGGGUCUUCUGCUUUUUCCCCGCUAUCCGCUGAUCUGGAUCGACUGCACAUUAAAAAAGCAAAAUGAAUAAUUGAGUUUAAACAGAAACUAAA